AUGGCGUCCCUCGAAGAAGGCGAAGAUGGGCGUAUUGUUAUCCCUGGUCGGGACAGUUCCGAGCAAGGGGUCACAGUAUUGAUCGACAACUAUGAUAGCUUCACAUUUAACGUCGCGCAGUACCUUGUCGAGCUUGGCGCCAACGUCGUUAUUUUCCGGAACGACAGAGUCACGCUCGAAACGCUCGAUGCCUUGCAGCCCGUCAACUUGGUUAUUAGCCCCGGACCUGGCCAUCCAAUGACCGAUUCAGGGAUUUCUAUCCAUGCGAUACGCCAUUUUGGCGGCAAGAUACCCAUCAUGGGAAUCUGUAUGGGUCUGCAGUGUAUGAUUGCCGGCGCCGGCGGCAUUGUCGAAUACGCCGGCGAGGUAUUCCAUGGAAAGACGAGCGAAGUGACUCACGAUAUGCGCGGGCUCUUUAGCGGGAUGCCCAAAGCGCCCUUCACUGCCACGCGAUACCACAGUCUCGCAGCGAACAUCAAGGCAAUGCCGCACGACUACGUGGAAACGUCGCAUGUGGAAAGUGGCGUGAUUAUGGGCGUGCGGCACAAGACGUACACGAUCGAGUCUGUGCAGUACCACCCCGAAAGUAUCAUUAGCGAGCACGGCAAGACGCUCUUUGCCAACUUUUUGUCGUGGCGCGGCGGCACCUGGGCCGAGAAUCCCAUUGCAAACGUUGCCGUGCAGGCAGCGCCGCACGCCCGGGAAACGAUAUUAGAGCGCAUUUACAAGCAGCGUACCCUUGAUGUGCAAGAGGCACGCAAGCUGCCUGGCCGUUCCAUGGACGACCUCGAGCGAUGCUUGGCGCUGCAGCUCGAUCCGCCCCAGAUUGCCUUCCCCGAGCGUCUGAUGCGCGGAACAAAUGGCUCGGUCGGUGUGAUGGCCGAGCUCAAGCGUGCGAGCCCAAGCAAAGGUGAUAUCGACGUGAGUGCCAUUGCGGGCGCACAAGCGCUCGCAUACGCGCGAAGCGGUGCCAACGUGAUCAGCGUACUCACCGAGCCGCACUGGUUCAAAGGCUCGUUGGAGGAUAUGGCCCUUGCUCGCCAAGCGGUUGCGCACUUUCCCAACCGCCCUGCGAUUUUGCGCAAAGAGUUUAUUGUGGACGAGUACCAGAUCGCAGAAGCGCGUCUCCACGGCGCGGAUACUGUUUUGCUUAUUGUCGCGAUGCUCGACGACGGCAAACUGCGGGCGCUGUACGAGUAUGCAAUGCGGCUUGGGAUGGACCCGCUUGUCGAGGUGAAUACCGACGCGGAAAUGCAGCGCGCCUUGGUGUUGCGACCACGUGUGAUUGGCGUUAACAACCGCAACUUGCACACGUUUGACGUUGACAUGAACAACACGUCCAAGCUCGCCAAGGCGGCGCUCGAGCAAGGCACGAUUCUUGCCGCGCUCAGCGGCAUUCAAAGCAGAGCCGAUGUGGAAGAGUACGAGGCGAACGGCGUACACGCUGUGCUUGUCGGUGAGGCGCUGAUGCGUGCAAACGACAAGCGCUUGUUCAUUGCCACGCUUCAGGGCCGCACAUUGGCGCUGCAGCCGCAGCCACGCCGUUUGGCGAAAGUGUGCGGCCUGAAGACGGUGGAAGCAGCGCUCAAAGCGGCCAAGCACGGCGCAGAUAUGCUCGGUAUAAUCCUCGCGAAAGGGACGCGGCGCAGCGUCACCAUGGACCAAGCGGCAUCGAUUGUAGCCGCAGUGCAUGCAAGUGCUCCGCGCGUACAGACCAAGCUCGAAGCGCCGCCGCCCAACCUGGCGCCUGCAGAUUGGUUUGCAUGGCACGCGACACAACUUGCCGACGCUGCGAGCAAGCGCCCGCUGCUCAUCGGCGUCUUCCGCAACCAGCCGCUUGAGGAAAUAGUAGAGACCGCAAGUGUGCUUCGCUUGGACGGUGUUCAGAUCCACGGACGGAUGGAGCCCCUCGAGUGGGCGCGGUUCCUUCCGGGCGUGUUUGUCUUGCGCGUCUUCCAUGUGCCUGCACACAUGGACCGCUACGUCCGCGGCGAGCACCGCGCGCUCGACGAGGCGACAAGGCCCGGGCAGCACCACAUUAUCCUGCUCGAUACGCUAGGCAAGACGAGUGCCUCGGACGGAGGAUCGGGCACCACGUUUGACUGGCACGUUGCUCGCCAGUUGGCCGAGGAUGAUCCCGUCGCUGCGUAUGAACACACAGCAUCCCGGCCUAUGCUGCCCUUUAUCCUUGCCGGCGGACUCACACCGGCAAAUGUGCAACAGGCCCUGGAGGUAUCGGGCGCUUUUGGCGUCGACUCGAGCUCUGGCGUGGAGAGCGAUGGGGAGAAGGAUUUGCACAAAAUCGGCAAGUACCUCGUGCAUGCAAAGGCUACAUAG